AUGAACUCCACCCAGACCACCACACAAACCACCCCGCCCACCACCCACGACCACCACACCGCCCACCACACCGACCACCCCCGCCCACCACCCAGACCAUCACACAAACCACCCCGCCCACCACCCACGACCACCACCCCCACCACCACACCGACCACCCCGCCCACCACCCAGACCACCACACCAACCACCCCGCCCACCACCCACUACCACCACACCAACCACUUCGUCCACCACCCACGACCACCACCCCCACCACCACACCAACCACCCCGCCCACCACCCAGACCACCACACCAACCACCCCGCCCACCACCCACGACCACCACCCCCACCACCACACCAACCACCCCGCCCGCCACCCACGACCACCACACCAACCACCCCACCCACCACCCUCGACCACCACCCACGACCACCACACCAACCACCCCGCCCACCACCCACGACCACCACCACACCGACCACCACCCCCACCACCACACCGACCACCCCGCCCACCACCCAGACCACCACCCACGACCACCACCCCCACCACCACACCGCCCACCCCGCCCACCACCCAGACCACCACCCACGACCACCACCCACGACCACCACCCAGACCACCACACCGACCACCACCCAGACCACCACACCAACCAUCCUGCCCACCACCCAUGA